AUGAGUAAAGUGACUGACCAAGCUCAGCGUUCAGGAAGUCCUAUAAGAGAAUGCAUGCCUGAUAUUUCGAUUAGUCUUGAAGAGUCUCAAAAUUUAUAUAAAUCUCUUACAUCAGGAAAUUUAGAAAACGCAUCUAGACUCUGAAAGAAAUACGGAUACAUAUUUUUGGAACCUUUAAAACCAAGGCAAAAUUUCGAACUCAUUAGGUCUAUUACGAAAAUUAGAGACAACACUAUAGCUCAGCUAGAAGCUGAAUUAAGGCUUCUUUCAAGAAAUAAAUAUAAAAAAAUUCUUAAAGAAAAAGAAUAUGAAAUUGAGAUAUUGAGAAAUACUUUAGCACAAAAAGACACUCAAAAUCCUGAAUUGGAUGAAUUAUUUAAGGCAUCUAAAUCUACUUUUGAGUCAGAAAUACAAGGUAAAAAUAAUGAAAUUAAAGAAUUAAUGAAAGAAAUUGAAACCCUUCAAUAUAAGUUUAACGAAAUAGAAGAAGAAAACAGGAAUUUAAAAGAAAUUUUAACAAAAACCUCAGAUGAAAUAAAAUCAAGGUCAGAUGGAUUUUAUUUUCAAAAAAAUCAUAAAAUAGAUGAAGAAUUAGUAUAUCUAAAGCAAAUCUGCUUUGAAUACUCAUUAAAAAAUCAGUAUUUAGAAUCAGAGCUAAAGAUUAUUAAGAUCAAGAAAGGCGAAAUAUAUGAUCUUCGUGAUCAUUUGCUACAAUUAUUAAAUAAGGCAGGGCUGGGAGAAGAUGAAAUUGCAAAAAUAAAUUUUAAUAUAUCAGAAAUCAUUGACUACAAAAUUAAUGAGCAGCUUGAAUUUAUUCAAUCAUCAAUGCUUGAUUCUUGGAAAACUCAUAAUGAGUCAUAUCAGAAUGAAAAAAUUAUUAAGGAAGUAGAAUGCUUAAAACUUAAUUCAGAAAUCAAAAAGCUAAAUAAGUUAUUGGAAAAUGAAAAAAUUAUUAACCAAGAUAUAAAAAGGAUGAGCAAAGAGGGUUAUGAAAGUAAUGAAUGGAAAAAAAUUAGAAAUGAAAGCAUUGAAAGGAUUGAGAAAGCGUAUGAAGAUCAAAAUUUGGAGCUCAAUAAAUGCAUUAAAGAGCUAUCUGAUAGAAAUUCAAGCCAAAUCAAAGAAAUAUCAGAGCUUAAAGACCAAUUAAAUUAUAGAAUCAGAGAAGUAGCUGGAAGAUUAAAAAAAGAGCAUGAAACGAAAAAAGAGAUUGCUGAGCAUUUUUCUAAAGAAAAAUCAAAUCAUGAAAAAACAAAAGAGCAAUUAAAAAAACUUUUAGACAAUAAUAACGAAAUUAUACUAAAACUGAAUGAAGAAUCAGCAAAAGUAUCAGAAAAAACCCAAAAAAUUAAUGAAUUAGAAGAUGAAAUUAGCAAAAGUUUUGAGACCAUUAAAAAUUUAGAAAUAAAAUUAAAUGAAAAAAAUUAUUCAAAACAAACAAAAUUAAGCAAAAAAUCCAAAGAAAUUGAAUGCAAUUGAACUACUAGUAAGCCAGAAGUUUAUAGAGAAACUAAAAAAUGUUCCCAGCAUGUAGAGUCUCAAGCAAGAAUUUUGCAAGAAAAAGAAGAGGCUAUAGAAAAUCUAAUUGAAAUUAAUCGUAGACUGAAAAAUGAAAUUGUGAAUUUGGAUUAUAAAAUUCAAUUAAAAGAUAAUAUAAUUAGCAGAUUCAAGAAAAAUGUAGGGAUUGAAGAAGUAGAAACUGAAAAUUUCGAAUUAAAAAGAGAAAAUGAAGAAAUCAAAGAGAAAGAUAGAAAAAAUAUAGAAUCAAUCGAACAUCUUAAAAACGAGAUUGCAAAGUUGCAAAACGAGCUCAUCUCCUCUGAAAUUAAUUUCAAAAAAUUAAAAGAGUCAUCAGCUCCACACACCUUAGAGAAAUCAAUUAGGAGGAUUAAAACGGGGAUUAUUUCAGCCCCUAGCUAGCCAAGCUCUAGCUUUACGCUUCAUGUGGUGCUUGGAACUAAAACCACUAACGCCUUUUUUCUUCAGGGUCACCAAAAUGGGUUGCACCUCAGUCUGACUGUGAGACUCACCCGAACCUGUUUGGACUAAUAUUUUCAGCAAAAUACUCUCUUCAACCCCUAGUAUGAGAUGAAUGCCCGAUGGAUCCUCUGGAACUACUCUGCUAUCUAUAGGCAACAGAAUGCUACUCCAGAAGUGCUCGAUUGUUACUGCACAGUCGGUUUGCUUUCUGUGGGUCAAGAGGAAGCCCAGUCAGCCCGAGCCUUCACCCCACCCAGAGAAAUUCCUCCGCCGUGAGUCCAUAGCCCUCAGAUUAAUUUCUCACACCUUACUCCCCCCCCCCUCCGUGAGCGAACAAAACCAUUAGAAAAAUCGCCAUUUUUUGACCAAAAACCCACCCUCCGUGAGUGAACAAAAAUUUUUUUAAUAGAAAAAAUUUUAAUGGAAAAAAAAUUUUGAUAUAUAAGUGAUAAUUAGUAUAAUGAAAUCUAGAGCUAAUUCUGUUUAAUUUUUAAACAAAUUGCGUUUUAAAACAUAAAUUUUGCAAAUUAAAUUAAUAUUUGCUUCCCAAUUUUUGCAAAUUAGGAUUUUUUUAAAUUUCGAAAAAAAAAUAUGUUUUAUAAAAUUUAUAUAUAAAUUUUUUUUAAAAAAAAAAAUUAACCCCCCUCCGUGAGCGAACAAAAUUUUUUUGUUCGCUCACGGAGGGGGGGGGGGAGUUAGAAGAUAAACACCUCAAAGAAUACAUGUCUAGAUUUGAUGACUUCGAAAAGAGAUAUUCUUCACUAAUAAACGAUUAUGAAAACUCUCAAAAAGAGUGCGCAAAACUAAACGAAGAAAAAGCAAAGUUUCAAAUAUUAAAUUCUCAGUUAAUACAUGAAAAAGAAUUGCUUUAUAAUCAAAUUAAAGAUUUUGAAGAAAAGUUAAUCAAAUAUAAAGCAAAAUCUUAUAUAGAAAAGGAAUCGCAGACUGAAGAAACCAAUGAGAUUAAAAAUAUAAUGGAGAGUAUAAAAGAGAAAUUUGAAAAAUGGAACGCUGAAUUUGAUAUAAAGCAUCAGAUUUCAUUUUCUGAUAUUAGAGAUGCUGAUGCUUUUAUCAAUCUUCUUAUUGAAGAAUAUAAGAAAUUGAGAGAUAGUGAAAAAUUUAGCAUUACUUUUCAGCAUAUUAAUGAUGAAAGAUCACAAUCUAUAAAUAUAUCAGAUGAAAGCUUAAAUAAACCGAAAAUUAGUCCCAAAUCCUGCAUGACAGCUUUUGGAAGUGAAUCUUUUUCAUCAUAUACUGGCCAAAAGCUGUAUUCAAAAGGCUCAGCAUUAAACCAGCUUGAAAAUCCAAAAAGUGGAGAAAAAAAUAAAUCAAGUUUUCCUCCAGAUCCAGAAAAAAUUCAAUUAAAAGCCUUUCCUGCCGAAAGUAGCAAACAAAUAAACGUCAAUGCAAAACCAAUUUUUCAAUCUAAAGUAUCAAAUUUGCUUUCAAAUAUUCCAUUGCCAAAUCUUGAAGAAUCUAAAGAGAGUUCUCAGUUACAAAACUCAAUAGAUCAAACUUUUCUUAAAGAAAUUCCAAUAGAAGAUGUAGUAAAACUGCUAAAGAAUGAAAAUUCUCAUCUUACUCCCCCCCCCCCCGUGAGUGAACAAAACCAUUAGAAAAAUCGCUAUUUUUUGCCCAAAAACUCACCCUCCGUGAGUGAACAAAAAUUUUUUUAAUAGAAAAAUUUUUUAUGGAAAAUAAUUUUGAUAUAUAAAUGAUAAUUAGUAUAAUGAAAUCUAGAGCUAUUUCUGUUUAAUUUUAAACGAAUUGCCUUUUAAAACAUAAAUUUUAUAAAUUAAAUUAAUAUUUACUUUCCAAUUUUUGCGCGAAAUUAGAAUUUUUUUAAAUUUCGAAAAAAAAAUAAAUAAAUUGUUUUUUAAAAAAAAAAAAUUAACCCCCCUCCGUGAGUGAACAAAAUUUUUUUGUUAACUCACGGAGGGGGGGGGGAGUUAGUGAGGCUUUAAAGAUCUUAGAAGAGGAAAAUACAAAUCUAAAAAAUACAAUCAAAAUAUUUCGUGAAGACUGUGAUGAAUGGAAAAAAUCUUUAUUAGAACUUUAUAGUCAUGUAAAAAAAAAUCCUAGAGAAAAAAUAGGAGAUGUCUCGCCAAAAGAAGCAAUUAAAAAAAUAUUUGAUGCUUUGAGUGGCAAAGAAGAUGUAGGAGAGACAGAAACUCCUAAAAAGUGGUCUCAGAAAGAAGAUGCGUAUAUGCAAACAAUUGAGUCACUCACAAUUGAAAAGAGAUACUUAAUCCCCUCUUUAUGAGCAAGCAAAAUAUUUUGCUCGUUCCUAAGGGCGGUAAAGUUUUAUAAAGAAUAGAUGCUUUUAAAAUUGGUCAAAACAGGGACACAAUGGCUUUAUAGCUUAUUGAGAUCGGGGGAGUUAAUAAAAAGUGUGGAGGACUACGAAAAAGAGCUCCAAAAUUUAAGGAAGCAGCUAGAUUUUUAUAAAAUUGCUUCUAAUAGUCAAAAUGGUGGCAGGAGAAAGAGGGAUAGUCCCAAAAGAGAAAGUCGUCUCAGCUACUCAGAAAAUUUAUCUUUAGGAUCUAAAAUUAAAGAAAAAUUAACCUUAGAAGAGCUAGAAUCUCAAAGUAAAUACACACAAGAACUAAUAAAAGAAUACAAACAAAGCAAGCCUACACUUCAAGCUAAACUUCUUAACCACUCUAAAUACCUUUCAAAUAUUUCUCGAUCUUCUCAUCAAGAACUCCUUCAAGCUCUAUACGAAGAACAAAACCUCAGACAAGAGCUUGAAUCUGAGCUUUCCCAGAAAUGCGACCUAAUCGAUGAACUACUUAUCGAGCUUGAAAACAAACGAAGAUUUAUCCAAACCCGUGAAUAUGAAUUUCAAGAAAUUCUCACACUAAAAGAGCAAGAAAUCUUAAAAAUCCGCUGUAAAGGUCGAUAUUAG